UGACUUGAAAUAGAUCAGGUCGAUUUGUUUAUAUCUAAGAUGAGUCUCGCCCUUUGCCAAUAAGCACUUUUCAUUUCAAGCUCCUUCAAUGGCACCUCCAUCUCCAAAGGAGAUCAUAGAAGCAGCUCUUUUUGCCGCCGGUCCUUAUGCUCUAUCUUAUUCGGACUCCAAACAGAAAUGGCUUAUUCUGAGACACCUCCUUUCGUUGCUUCAAGAGUUCCCCGGUUUCGAGCCCUCGACUGGUUGGUACAUGCAAAACGAUGGGACCGAGGUUAACCUUCUACGUGCCACUGGGUUCAUCCAUGUCUCCGAUGAUUCAAGUUCAACUCCUCCUGUUCCUCUAGUCAUUUGGCUCCAUGAGAAUUAUCCUCAAAGGGCACCUUUGGUCUUCGUCUCGAUCGACCCCGAGACCCCGAUUCAUCGCCAUCAUCCUUUCGUAGACAACACCUCCGGUGAGGCGUCUUCGCCGUACCUCAUAACAUGGAAACACCCUUCGUGUGACCUCACCGGUCUAUUGCGGAACCUCGUCCAUCUUUUUAGCAUCGAUCAUCCUUUCUCGUACACACCGACACCGGCGAUAACGACGACGACGAAGAAGACGAAGAGUUUAGCUCACCCGUCCCUCGUUUCUCACAAGGAAGCCCUCGACAGACUCGUCGGCAUGCUUCACUACGACAUGGUUGCGUUGCAGGCCAGCACGUGUGAUGAAAUAGAGAAUCUGUCUUUGUUGCAAGAAGAAUUAAAGAGGCGUGAUUCGUUUACUACGGCCAUGAUCGAUGAGAUGGAUGAGGAGAGGAAGCGGCUGAAAGAGAGAGCCGACGAUUGGGCCGACGAAAAGGAUCGGCUGGUGAACUGGUUGAGGGUUAACGAUGGACGAGCCAUAAUGGGGUUGGAUGCAGGCGAUGUGGGAGUCGAGGAUGCGUUCGAGAUGGAUGAGAUGUCGAGAGCCAGGCUAGAAACCUCGGCCGCCGAUUUGGCUAUCGAAGAUGUGCUGUAUAAAUUGGACAAGGCACUUGAACUGGAAGCACUGAGCUUCGAUUCGUAUAUUAAGCUGGUGAGGAGCUUGGCCAGAGAACAGUUCUUCCAUAAACAUAAAGAAAUGGAACUAAAUGAAUCGACCAACCACCUUCAGCCAUUGUCACGACCAUAGAAGAUUUCCCGACGGUGUAUAUUUUUCAUAUAGAAAAGUAAAGGGUUUUUUUAUUAUUAUUUUACCUUUUCAGUUGUUAAGGUUUCUUAUUGAUUAAUUUGGACCCAGAGAAGGAACUAAGAUUUUGAUUUGAAGGGGGCAAAUU